AUGGCAGAAAUGAUGAUGGAACGGAUAUCUUAUGAAGUAUCUGUGGAUCCGGUAGAUGUUCGUUUGGCAAAUGUGGAUAUGCUGUUACAUGGUGAUAUAAAAGAAAUGGCCGAUACUUUAAAAACAAAUGCCGACUAUAUUAAAAGAAAAGCUGCUGUUGAAGAUUUUAAUAAAACAAACAGAUGGAAGAAACGUGGAUUGAGAGUUGCGAUGAUGAGUUAUUUUAUUCCACCGAUUGGUCAGCGUUUUGACGUCAACCUUUCAGUUUAUCAUACAGAUGGGACUGUUGUAAUAACUCACUCAGGUAUUGAAGUGGGACAAGGAAUAAAUACUAAAGCAAUUCAAAUAGCAGCACAUUUUUUGAAAAUACCAGUGACAAAAAUAAAAAUAAAAGGCAAUAACUCGAUAAUUGGUCCUAACGCAGAAGCUACUGGAGCAAGUGUCACUAGUCAAAAUGUCGGUAUUGGUGUUCAACAAUGUUGUGAAGAACUUUUGAGAAGACUGGCGCCGAUUAAACUCCUAAAACCUCUUGCUACCUGGGAAGAGUUGAUAAGAGCGGCAUUUGUAUUACAAGUAGAUUUACAAACUCAUGGAUUUGUUACUCUUCUAAAUGGUCAAUUAGUUUUCAAUUAUGGCGUUUGCUUUGCUGAAGUUGAACUGGAUAUACUGACUGGCGAAUCAGAAAUACUACGUGUAGAUUUGCUGGGAGAUGCUGGACAAAGUAUAAAUCCAGCCCUCGAUAUAGGCCAAAUUGAAGGUGCUUUUAUAAUGGGCUUGGGAUACUGGACAAUGGAACAACUUGUGCACAAUGUGGAAAAUGGAGAGGUGCUUACUGAUCGUACCUGGAGCUACCAUGUGCCUCAAUGUCGGGAUAUUCCUCAAGAUUUCAGAGUAUAUUUAAGGAAAAAUUCUUACUCUAGCAUUGUCAUUCUCGGUAGCAAAGCAAUUGCUGAACCUCCAAUAUGUCUAUCAAUUGUAGUGCCGUUUGCUCUUCGGCAAGCUGUUACAUCGGCAAGACUCGAUGCCGGCAUUCCCACCACGGAGUGGUUUCCAAUCGAUGGACCGUAUACUGUUGAUAAAAUGUGUUUGGCAGCCGCUACUAAAAUUGAAGAUUUUAAGUUAUACUGAAAUUGAAUUAUAAUUGUAUACUAGUUAGAUAGACGUUAUCCUGUCUUAAUUAUGUGUUCACAUGUAUUUUUAUCAAUAAUUUUAGUUUUUUUAUAUCCAGUUUUACAUUAUUCGCAGAACGCAUUCUGUCAAUUCUAAAUCAAAUGUCAUAAAGUUACAUUAAAAAAGUUUAUGUUAUCGAAAGCACUAAGAUUAGAUUAGAUUAUAAAUAAUUUUAUUAGGUGGUUAAACAUUCUUAAUUUUAAAAAUCUUCCACAUAAUUUUAUUAUUUUUUUCUUUCGUAAGAGAAAAUCCUGACUAUAACAAACCCUACAAAAGAGUAUUACCGAAAAAGGUCCAGCCGCUCACGUGUGAUGGUGUGACCAAUGGAAAAAGGGAUUCGUUAUCAUAUAUAAAGAUAAUAAAAUAAGUAAAAAUGUGCAAAGAGAAAGAACGUUAUUUUAAAAUUUUCUUAGAUUAUUUAGUAAUUUAAUAUUUUUGUUCUUUAAUUUUUUACAGUAAUUUACAUUAGAAUGAUAGUUUUCUAAGGCAUUUCUACAUUGUAUCUAUUGACUUCCCGAUAUUUCAUAAAUGUAUACUCAAUCAAUAAAAGGUAACGAUCCUGUAGAAAAUUUUCUUUCUUACUUAAUAUUUUUAACUUGUUUUUAAUGAAAGUAUUUUGAGUUACAUUCAAGAUAUUGAAAAAUAUUUUUAAACAUUUUAUGUUUUAUUUUACAUAACACAACGGCCAGAUAAUUAAACUGUAUAUUGAUGAUAUAUACAGCACUCUUAUUAUAAUUUAUAUUACGUCAUUUUAUUGUUAUUGAAUUUUUUGUUGUUCCUUUAAUUUAUAUGUUUAACAAAAGGUAUAAUAAAUUUUGUUAUAGCAAGUGUUUUCAUACAACCAACACAAUUUGUCGAUUUUUGUCAUAUCUGUUAUGUAUUUGCUAAAGGUAUUUACAAGAAUAUGGAAUUCAACUAAAAUGAUAAUUUUGUAAAUAAGCUAAGAAAUAUAACCAUUUUGUAAUAACUAAUGAUAUUUAUGAUUGCUACAAAAUUACAUUGGUGUUGUUUAAGACAAUCUUCUUUACGUCUUUUGAAUAUUACAUUCAUCAAUGUCUUACUAAUCUAUAAUUUUUAUAAAAUUAUAACUAUUAAUGGACUAUUGUAAAAGUAUACUUUGUUUAUUAUUUUCCUAACAUUUAUUGUCACUAGUAGCUAUAUAAUUUUUACAAUGAGUAUGGAGUAUAUGAAUCAUUAUCCAAUAAUGGUUAAAAUUGAAUUUAAAUUUGCAUGUUAACAGCUUUAUUAGUGGCAUUCAAUAAAUUUUAUAUUCAUAUUGCUAUUUAUUUUAAAGAAAUAUACUUAAAGAGCGGAGUC